AUGGUCAAUAAACAGGGUCAAACACGAUUGGCGCAGUACUAUGAUUUCCUGUCUAUUCAAGAGCGUGUAGCACUUGAAGCUGAGAUUAUUCGCAAAUGUCUCGGUCGUAAUGAGACACAGUGUUCAUUUGUAGAAUAUCGUGGCUAUAAGGUCAUUUAUCGAAGAUAUGCGUCACUUUUCUUCAUUGUUGGCGUCAAGGAUGAUGACUCGGAGAACGAACUGGGUAUUUUGGAAUUUAUACACGCACUGGUAGAGACUAUGGACAAGUAUUUUGAGAGUGUGUGCGAACUUGAUAUCAUGUUUAACUUGGAGAAAGCACACUUUAUUCUAGACGAGAUGGUGAUGAAUGGAAACAUUGUAGAGACAAACAAAAUGUCCAUUUUGAAGCCUAUUCACCUGAUGGAGAAGGCGUCCGUAUCCGAGACGGAAGCAAGCGCGGCGUCAGUCGAGGGCAGCGACGCUGGCGUCUGGACCACGGUAGAGGACAGCUGGGAAGGCGUAGAGACUCUGGCGCAACAUAAGGCGGUGGCAGUAAGGAUUGAUUCCAUUACAGAUCUACCGCCAAAGUGCAUGGACGUCAUGCCGGCGCUUGAAGAAACAACAAUGCGCAAGAAAAAGCUUACAAGUGUUGUAUGGGAGACCUUUACGCCCAUUUCAAGCAGCGGAACGCGUGAUGGAAUGGUUGAUUCAGCCAAAUGCUCCAUAUGCAGUAAGAUUUUUAGUACGAGGCAUGGCACAUCGUCCAUGAUGCGACAUGCUAAACGGCAUAAUGACUUUCCUAAUGGCACGCCCACGGGUAAGAAAGGAAAGAAGAAUGUAAAUGGAGCGACAAUCAAGGGAGUAGAUGGCACAAUUGUUGCAACAACUGGUGCAGGAGGUAAGAAGGUUGCAACUGCAAAGAAAGAAGCGGUAGCGGUGGUGCACUUAGACGAACAUACAGCAGGAAUGAAGCGCCAGAGGCUGCGGAAUUUCAGUAGUUCGCUCAUUGAGUGGAUCGUAGACGAUCAGCAGGAUUUGGGUGUAGUGCAGCACGAGAAGUUUCUGAACGUGCUAGCUGCUGCGGGCAUCAGGACUGUCAUUCCACCCUUGGAUGCAUUGCAAAAGGCAAUGGAACGCAAAUAUUACGCACUGUUUACACGCGUGGCAGAGUAUGUAAACCGUUCUGCGGUUGGACGUAUCACGUUUUCAUGUGAUACGUGGUCAGGAUCAGUGUACAAAGGGUAUAUGGCCAUUUAUUUGCACUGGAUCAAUGCCGAUUGGGAGUACAAAACCAUUCAAGUUGGUCUGGAGGGCUGUCCAUCAGAGUUUAACGCGUAUUUCAUGUCGGACUUGCUAUUCAAUGUGCUUCAGAACAAUUGGGUCCUUGGCAAUAAACUACUGUGUGGCGUGACGCCAAUGGGCAAUGAGUUGGGAGUGGGUAUGGGUUUUCUUCGUGAAAAGAUUAAAAGAAUUAUAGGAUUAGAUAAUAUUUCUCCCGACUGGAACGUGACAUGUUUGGGUCAUCUUAUUCAUGUGGGUGUGCUAGCGGCGCUCAAGGAAAUUCGUCACGAGAUUGUAAAGCUCCGUUCGUUGCUGUCGCUGCUGAAGUCCACAACUGAGAGUCAAGAGCACUUUGCGCUGCGUACAGCGGAAGUGGGGAUGCAGUAUCCAGACCAGCUUCCAAAUUUGGAUUCGCCAAAGCACUGGAAAACAACAAUCACAAUGAUCUUGGAGAGCGCCAAGAUCAAGGACACCAUCAAUGCGUUGUAUGGUGAUGCCUCUAAUGGCAUGAACGUAUUCCUGCUGGAGGAGAUCGAGUGGGAUUUACUCGUAUGGGUGGCUACCUUUUUGCGAAAGUGCAUGCAGAUGGCUACAUGUCAGAGUGACCAGAAACACAUUUCGCUGAGCACCUCCAUCAAUGUCUGCAAGGCGAUCGUGGGUUUGUGCGAGAGCACGGCUGCAUCAGCUUCAGACUUCACAGCGAGUGCUUUCACCAAAAUACAAACCGUGUGCUUGAAAGUGAAAUCUAGCCUUGAGUCGUACCAUACGGAACACUCCUCACCUUAUUUCCGCCUGGCAAAAAUCUUGGAUCCGCGGUUUUCAAACGAGUCCGUCGACAAGUCUACCAAGAAAGCAUUUUUGCGAGAAAUGCUGCGCACGAAUGUCUACGAUGCUCUGUCUGAUGCAAGACUGGAUGAUGACCAAGCGCGACAUGAUGCCUCAACUGCGUACACGACGUUUGAGAAGCUGUUGGAUAUUGGCGAAGGCAUGCCUGACUACACGAUCGAUGGCGAUGAGGUCGACCGAUUCUUUGACGCGACGCUUAUUCGUGAUAAGCGGUCCGACCCAUUUUUGUGGUGGAAAUCGAACGAAACUCGAUUUCCUUCACUAGCAAAACUCGCGCGGGAUAUUUUGUCGAUUCCUGCGACUGCUGUACCCAGUGGUGCUGUGUUUACACAAGCAAACUAUGCGCGUGCGCUGAACGCAGACGUUAUGGAGACUACCAAGCUUUUCAAGUUUAAUGAACUUUCACGUGCAUGGCAGAUUGAGCGUCACAAUUUUGGACGAAAGCGACGUCGUGACUCUUUUGAUUACUUGGAUUUACCAAUGGAGCCUCCGUCAAAAAUAGCGUCAUAUGAAGAAAGUAUUUAG